GCUUUGUAUCGCAGAACACUCACGGGUAUUUAGUUGGGCGGAUAGGAGAUAAUGGGGCUUUUGGGGGCGAUGUUAAAGCAUCCAGACGAGGUGUAUCCGCUUAUAAAGCUAAAGAUGGAGGCGAGGAAGGUGAUGGGGAAGCAGAUUCCGCCGCAGCCUCACUGGGGAUUCUGCUUCACUAUACUCCGAAAGGUCUCUAUAAGCUCCGCUCUUGCUAUCCAGAAGCUUCCUAAACACCUUCGCGGCCCUGUGUGCAUUUUCUAUUUGGUUCUUCGAGCACUUGACACUGUGGAGGAUGAUACAAGCAUAGCCACAGAGGUUAAAGUACCUAUACUGCUGAACUUUCAUCGACACAUAUAUGACCGCGAAUGGCAUUUCUCGUGUGAUUGUACUAAAAAGUACUAUAAAGUUCUCAUGGUCAAUUUCCAUCAUGUUUCCACUGCUUUUCUGGAACUUGAGAAAGCUUAUCAGGAAGUAAUUGAAGAUAUUACCAAGAGAAUGGGUAGGGGAAUGGCAAAGUUUAUAGGCAAGGAGGUUGAAACAAUUGAUGAUUUUGAUGAAUAUUGUCAUUAUGCUGCUGGGCUUGUUGGAAUAGGUUUGUCAAGACUUUUUCAUACCGCUUGGAAAGAAGAUUUAGCUUCAGAUUCUCUCUCCAAUUCUAUGGGUCUGCUCCUUCAGAAAACAAACGUGAUUAGGGAUUAUCUGGAGGAUAUUAAUGAGACGCCAAAGUGUCGAAUGUUUUGGCCCCGCCAGAUUUGGAGUAAAUACGUCAACAAACUUGAGGAGUUGAAAUAUGAGGAGAACUCAGUGAAGGCAGUGGAAUGUCUGAAUGAAAUGGUCACAAAUGCUUUAUCAUAUGUGGAAGAUUGUUUGAUUUACCUGUCCUCUAUCCGGGAUCCUUCUAUCCUUAUGUUUUGCGCUAUUCCACAGAUGAUGUCCAUGGGGACAUUAGCCAUGUGCUACAAUAACAUUCAAGUCUUCAGGGGCGUUGUGCAAAUAAGGCUUGGUCUUACUGCUAAGAUCAUUGAUCGGGCUAAGACAAUGAAAGAUGUCUAUAAGGUUUUUUACGAUUUUUCUUGUAUAAUAAGAUCAAAGGUUGACAUCAACGAUCCAAAUGCUUCCAAGACUUUGGAGAGGUUUGAAAUAAUUAUGAUGACUUGUAGGGAGUCUGGAGCCCUAAACAACAGGAAAUCUUACAUUCUGAGUUCCCACCCUAAUUACAUUCUGAUGAUGGUUGUUCUCUUUAUCAUUAUUCUGGCUAUUUUUCUUGGAUAUCCUUUGAAGAAUUGAUCGACCCACCUGGCCUGGCCUCAUUCUGUGUGAUUGGUUGCCUUGGAUCAGUAGUUUGUGCAAGAACUCCAAGAAGCAAAAUGUGUGAUCAUGAGUCAUGACUCACAGCAUUCUUAGCUCAAGCG